AAGAAAAGCCAGUCCCGAGAGACUAAGAAACAAUUGUCAAAAAUUAGAGGAUAAUGAUCUGAAAUUUUUUUCUUAAAAGAGUUGAGGUCGUAAGGAGGAAAUACAGAUGUAGGCAGGAAGUUCUAGAGUUUAGUGUGUCAGUACUGUAGUGUCAAGCAACAUUAUUUAUAUUGAAAUAUUUUGAAUGGCAUUUGUUCUCCUUAGACUAAUGAUAUUGGUAUUGCUUACAUUUUUGUUCUUAGUUCCAGUUUGUAUAAUGUUCAGCAUAGCAUUGCAGAUGUUAUUAGAAACCAUAGUAUGAUGAAUAAAAGGUAAAACAUUUUAUUGAAGAAUUCAUGAUUCAAGGAAAACUAGGUUAAGAUUGAGAUAAUUUGUUUGUCCAGGUGGUCAGGUUGUGUAAACAGGUGUAGGAAUGUUUGAAGUGAGCAGUGCUCGAAGGUACACUUAAAACAGGUUGUUGAAAAGGUUUUGAAUUAUUGAUGUGAUUGGAAUACACAUGAAAAAGGAAGCCUUAGUUUACCUAUUGCAUAUUUUUUCACCAUUUGUAUGAAAUUUCACCUAAAUUGUUAGGAUACAGAAAAUAUUAAGAAAUACAUCUAGGUUAUGGUGUAUAUGUAUGCAAUUUUAGUUGUGUUGCAUUUCAGGCAUGUAAAUCACUUGUUAGAUGAAAUUUAUAAUACAGAAAUUAAAAUGCAUGUUGUCCAUUCCAAAGAGAUAGAUUUGAAAAUUUUUAAAAUUUAUCAUAAAUCCUUGAUUCUUAAGACUACUAUGACAAAACUGAAGAAGGCACUAAAAAUAAUUUUUGAAGACCAGUCAUGUUACAGCAUGUCAGGUUUAAAUGCCACUUACAUCACUAUAUCCAGGCUGUGAUUCCCAGCCUUAUCAAGACAGAGAUUAUGUAUAAGUGGCACGAGCAUGAUAAGGCCACCCACUAUCUGAGGCCUUGAGACUAUUUAAUUAUUUGCUGAGUGGUGGGUGUGUUUCACCAGGGAGAGGGAGGGGGAUGCAUUGUCUGGGAAGGGAGAUGCCAUCAGAUCGGGAAGGGGAGCCACUCCUGGAUCAGUUGUAUCAGUGUAUUGUAGUUGGCAGCAUCAGGUGGUGUCAAAAGCAGAAACUUGAAGGAGAAACUAGUUCAACUUUCAUCUUAAUAAUGCCGAAAGCACCAGUACAGAAAAAGUGCCGUGUGCACCGAGAGGUGAGCCGGGUGAGCACCAAGGCUGGGGUGAAGGGAGCCAAGCCAGCUGGGGCAACGUUGGCACAGGGCCUUGUCUUUAAUACGGACCUUGGCCAGCAUAUCCUCAAGAAUCCCCUUGUCAUCACUGCAAUGCUGGAAAAGGCUGGACUCAAAUCAACAGACACAGUGCUUGAGGUUGGUCCUGGUACUGGCAACAUGACAACCAAACUCCUGGAGAGAGUGAAGCGAGUAGUGGCGUGUGAAAUUGAUUCUCGGAUGGUGGCAGAGCUGCACAAGAGAUUUUUAUCCACAGCACUGCACUCCAAGCUGGACAUUAGGAUAGGAGAUGUAUUGAAAGCAGAACUGCCUGCCUUUGAUGUCUGUGUGGCUAAUCUUCCUUACCAGAUUUCUUCUCCCUUUGUAUUCAAACUGCUGCUGCAUCGGCCGCUGUUUCGUUGUGCUGUGCUUAUGUUCCAGAAAGAGUUUGCUGAGCGACUGGUGGCCAAACCAGGGGACAAGCUUUACUGUCGGCUGACAGCCAACACACAAUUACUGGCCAAAGUGGACCAUCUCAUGAAAGUUGGCAAAAAUAACUUUCGGCCUCCACCAAAGGUGGAGUCCUCAGUGGUCAGAAUUGAGCCCAAGAACCCAGUACCAGACAUCAACUUCUCAGAAUGGGAUGGACUUCUGCGAAUAAUUUUUGUAAGGAAAAACAAAACCCUGUCGGCAGGUUUCAAGCAAACUUCUGUGUUGCAGACUUUAGAAAAGAACUACAAAACUUGGUGCUCAAUACAAGAAAAGAAGAUCCCAGAAGAUUUUAGCAUAAAGGAGAAAAUAGAGGAUAUCUUAGUGAAUGGAAAGUUUGACAAGAAGCGAGCUAGACAGAUGGACCAGGACGACAUUUUAGCUUUAUUACAUGCAUUCAAUAAAGAAGGAAUUCACUUUGUUUAGGAUGUUAUUUUUUCUUAGAUCUAUUUGUAUUUAGAAUUGUUAUCCAUGCUUUUAUCUUGUAUUUAUUUAUUUAUAUGUAUUGUAACUUUGUUCUGCGAUUGCUCAGGUGUGAGAGUGUAUGAUGUGAACUUCAAACUCUGCUGUGGUGUGCAGGGAGGUCAGUGAUGCAUUCUGAUAAGAUUUAGUGCCUUAGUUUCUUUCAAUCUUCCAUCUUUAUUCAGUAUUGGGAGGGAUGUUUGGAGGUGAUCAUUGCUUAGACUGUGAUGGGACUUUGACUUUCCCUUCACCUUUCCUCCUUUGCUGUGUCCAGACAUGAUGGCUAAGAACAAGUGUUUAGUUGUGACAUUUUACAUAUCUAGUGUUGGAAAUCCCUGCUUUUCCCAGUAUAAAGUGAUGUGUGAUGACUUAACUGAAGGCAGAAGUGGACCAAGCUUUCAUCCUGAACAUGGUCAAUGCUCUCUCAUUUUGAAUUAGAAAGUGCAUACAGGAAAAAUCCACCCAACAGACCAGACUGUAGAUGAAACUGCAAACAUGAUAUGAGUCUCUCUCUCUCUCUCUCUCUCUCUCUCUCUCUCUCUCUCUCUCUCUCUCUCUCUCUCUCUCUCUCUCUCUCUCUCUCUCUCUCUCUCUCUCUCUCUCUCUCUCUCUCUCUCUCUUUGAAUUCAGUAUUUAUACAAAUGUGCACAUUACUGAGUGCAUACAUGAAAUUACCUAAAAGACUUUCAAUGGGAAAAAAAUGAAAGACAAUCUGAUCUGUUAAGGUUAUAUUUCAGUACGGUGAUUAGAGCAAAGAGUAAAUUUUGUCUUGUUUGUUGUCCAUUGUUGCCAAAUUGUAUGUACACUUGAUAGGAGAGAAAACUAUCUUUACUUUUCCAUUGAAUAAGUCCAAGAAUCUGUUUGUUUCUUCACCAAGCAAUUAUCACAGUACUUCACUGGAGGAAUCACUUUUUUGUACUUCCUUUGUUUACAGAAUUUCUAUAUUAACACAUAAAUCUAACAAAAUAUAAUUUAAGGUAUACACUGGUGUGAUUUAUAUAUGAUCAACAUUAGCAGUAAAAGAAAAGUCCAGUGUAUUCUGAAAAUGGAGUAAAGAUACAUUUCCAUUCUCUAGUCGAGUGUACGUACACUACUACUUGUUGAAUUAGGUUUAGGAUCCUGGUGCUAGUCACAGUGUAAACUGCUAUGCCUGUUUGCUUGCUGCCUGUCAUCAAAUUAUAUUUUUUAAGAAAAUAAAUUGGUUGAUACUGUCUUACUAUUUUUUGUAAACUUAGAAUUUCAAACUUGUAUUUAUUUGUUAUUAGAAAAUAGAAAAUAAUGAUUAUACUCAGAAGGACAUGGUAGAAAUACCUUCACUUAUUUUAUAUUAUCUAAUGGAUUAAUUACAUAGGUGGUUUACUGAAUAUGUUAAUGAAAAAUACUGGAGGUCCAUCAUACUUGUCACAAAGACAGCACCCUUAUGAAGUGAGCUUUCAUUGUAGCUUUGUUUGCUUUGUUAAGAAGAGAAUUCACUUUUAUUGUGCUUGCACAUGAUCUCACAGUCAUAGGUUGAAGAUACGUACUUUCUUUGUGGCUUUGUACACACCUGGUGCAACAUUCAGGGUGAUUUGAUGGCAGGUAGCAAUUGCUAAGGUGAUGGAUUGUGGUGAGAGGUGGCAGCUGUUGUUGCACUUACUUGGGCUGUACAGGUGGAUAAAAGUAAGAAGGAAAUGUGAAUUCCUUCAGAGUUGUGGUAGUUUAUAUUUUGUGGUUUUGUAUUUAGAUGUAGUGUCAUCAGAUCUUUUAACAUCAUUUUAUAGAUGUUUUACCAGGAUAUGAGUGUGAAUAGUGUUAAAGCUUCCCAUCAUCACUCAGACAUCCAUAAUUCUAUCUCCACUCCUUCCUCUUGCAGUGGAGAGACUAAAGCCUGUCAUUUCUGACCACUGAACAUUUAAAUUAUCUGAUUUUGAGUACGUUCCUAGAAUUUCUUUUUACACGGCACAUUACUGUAUAUGUGCCAUACUCAACAUGUGUAAGCUGUGACUGAAAGGUUCAUGUUCUUAUAUGUUUCUAUGUCUUUUUAUGACAUUUUUUAACAGCCUCUAAUGGAAAUUAUUUGGGUGUGAAAGAGUAUUUUCUUGAAUCAUAGUGAUAUUUCAACAAGGAUUCUGCAUCAUCAAUGGGAAAAAUAUUAUUUUAUGGCCUUUGAAAAUAACCAGCUUAGUAUCUUGGUCUUAUAGACUUCAAGAUGUCUGAUCCUGUAUGAAUUAAUAUUGGUAUACAAGACUUAUUGUACAUUGAGGUGUAUUUUGUAAUGAUUUUAUGUGUGCACAUUACCUAGAAUGUGCAUCGUCUUUGUUCACCAUUGCAAGUACUUUGUGUUGAUAAUCACUUAACAGGUACCAUCAUGUUUUAUCUAAAAAAGGUUUAAUUUUUUGCAGUCAUCCUUAAUUAAGUGUAGAAUUGACAAAUUGUUCAAUAAUUCCUCAAGGCUGUUCACAUGAUCAUUAUGAUUAUAGAGUAACGUCUUAGUCUCUCAGUAUGAAGAAUGAACAUUAAUAAUAGAUGAUUGAUUUUAUGGAGACUGCAUAAUUUAGUUAUUGCAGAACUUGGAUAUCUGGAUAAAACACGGAACUAUUCUUAGGAAUUACAUUUAACUAAAAUUUUAAGAGCUCGUUUGGGAGUGGCUUGGGUCAUCAACAGGCUUUCAGCGCCCUUUUAUGUGGCCAAGUUUGCACAGUAUAUCCUUGUAUAUGAAAACUUUUUUUCUUUUUUUUUAUGUAAUCUUGUAUAAACAUUAAAUUCUUAUAAUUUAAUUAAUAUAUUAAUGAAUUUUCAGAAUCUCAUUAAUAUCACUAAGAAAUAAAAAUGGUCUUGGAAA